GUUAAAAACCUAGAUUCUUCGUCUUCUUUAUCCUCUCUCAAUCUAUAUAUCGUUUUCGAUUGAAUCUUUCGCUUCCCCCUCUUUCGUCUUUCAAAAUUCUUCAAGAACUGGCUAACUUUGGAGAAGAGAAGAUUCUGGCGGAAUCGGAGAAGAAGAACCGAGACGUGGUUCUUACGCUAUAUGAGGCUCUGAGAUCGCGAGACGUGGGGACAGUUCACCAGAUCCUAGCCGCCGAUCUGGAGUGGUGGUUCCACGGCCCGCCGUCGGACCAGUUUUUGAUGCGCAUCCUCACCGGCGACGCACCGUCGUCUCCGCCGUUCGAGUUCGAGUUUGUCCCUCUCUCCGUCGUCUCCUUUGGACCCACCGUUAUCGCCGAAGGCUGCGACUCCACCCGCUCAAUCUCCUGGAUCCACGCCUGGACCGUCACGCAUGGGAUAAUCACCCAGGUGAGGGAAUACUUCAACACCUCCCUCGUCGUCACGCGGAUCGGGAACUCCGCCGUUGGACAGAAGAAACCGACGGCUGAGAUCUCGCCGGUGCAUUGCCCAUCCGUGUGGGAGAGCCAAUUCUCGGGUCAGGCCGGGAAAUCCGUCCCGGGACUCGUCCUGGCGAUUUGAAAAAGAGAAAGGUAUAGUUCCGAUCGAGUCACAGCCCCGUAUCAUCUAGAUAAAUAAAGGCUGUUUUACGUGUCGAUUUCUGAUUGGUCUGUCAUAUAUGGGCUGAAAGAUCCCUGUGAGAAACGCUCUGCCCGUUAGGCCGCGUUUGGCUGAUCUUUCUCCUCUGUUUCCUUUCGGUCAUUGUGUGAUCAAGGUCGUGUCGUGUCUUUCAGUGAAGCAACAUGGGGAAACCCAAGUUGAUGACGAGUCUCUGUGUUUUUGAUGUGAUGUUUGGAAUAAACGCUUUCGUUUGGGAUGAAAUCGUGCGCUGUUCUUUCGAUAUAUGCAUGGUGAUUUUUGUUAUUACAUAUACGGUCUAUUAUCCGAUGCUUAUUAUUCGUUA